GAAGUAGCGGCGACGAUCCAAGGGGAAGGCGGAAGUCGCGUGUACCGGAGAAUUUGGUGGUGGGAGUGGGACGCAGUCGGAAAGAUGAAGGUGAAAAUGUUGAGCCGGAACCCGGACCAUUAUGUCCGGGAAACCAAGCUGGACCUGCAGAGAGUUCCAAGAAACUAUGAUCCUGCAUUGCAUCCUUUUGAAGUUCCACGAGAAUACACAAGAGCUCUAAAUGCUGUCAAACUGGAACGAGUAUUUGCAAAACCAUUCCUUACUUCCCUAGAUGGCCAUAGAGAUGGAGUAAAUUGCAUGGCAAAACAUCCAAAGAGCUUGUCUACUGUGCUUUCUGGAGCCUGUGAUGGAGAGGUUAGAAUUUGGAACUUGACUAAACGAGAAUGUAUCCGUACACUGCAAGCACAUGAAGGUUUUGUACGAGGAAUGUGUGCCCAUUUCUGUGGAACUUCUUUCUUUACGGUUGGUGAUGACAAGACCGUGAAACAGUGGAAAAUGGAUGGACCAGAAUAUGGAGAAGAGGAGGAGCCUUUACAUACAAUAUUAGGAAAGACAGUGUAUACAGGAAUUGAUCAUCAUUGGAAAAAAGAUAUUUUUGCUACAUGUGGGCAGCAGGUGGAUAUCUGGGAUGAACAAAGAACCAGUCCUAUUUGUUCAAUGACUUGGGGCCUUGACAGUAUAAGCAGUGUUAAAUUUAAUCCAAUUGAGACUAAUAUAUUGGGAAGUUGUGCUUCUGACAGAAAUAUAGUGCUGUAUGACAUGAGGCAAGCCACUCCUUUGAAGAAGGUCAUCUUGGAUAUGAGGACAAAUACGCUUUGUUGGAACCCAAUGGAAGCUUUUAUUUUCACUGCAGCAAAUGAAGAUUAUAACUUAUACACAUUUGAUAUGCGUUCCCUUGAUGAACCUGUAAAGGUACAUGUGGAUCAUGUAUCUGCAGUCCUUGAUGUGGACUACUCACCUACUGGGAAAGAAUUUGUGUCUGCUAGUUUUGACAAAUCCAUUCGAAUCUUCCCUAUAGACAGAAUUCAUAGCAGAGAAGUAUAUCACACAAAGAGAAUGCAACAUGUUAUCUCUGUGAAAUGGACAUCCGACAGCAAAUAUAUUUUGUGUGGAUCUGAUGAAAUGAACAUUCGACUCUGGAAAGCCAAUGCUUCUGAAAAAUUGGGUGUGCUUACAUCACGAGAAAAGGCAGCCUUAAAUUAUAACCAGAAGUUGAAGGAGAAGUUUAAAUACCAUCCUCAGAUAAGUCGAAUAGCUCGACAUCGUCAUUUACCUAAGACCAUCUAUAGCCAAAUUAAGGAACAGCGCAUCAUGAAAGAAGCUCGUCAGAGGAAGGAAAUGAAUCGUAUCAAACAUAGCAAACCUGGAUCUAUACCAUUUGUGCCCGAGAAGAAGAAGCACAUAGUAGCUGUUGUGAAAUAACAUUUGAGAGGUCUGUUGAUUUUUGAGAAUCACAUAAUCUUGGAGCUGAAAGAGACUUUAACAAUCAUCGCACUCAGUGUCCUCAUGUUAUACAUGGAGAUGUUGAGACUUACAAAGGUGUGAAGUGACUUGCCCAGGUCAUAAAGUGGCAGAACCCAGUUCUUUGGAAUCCCAUUCCACUGCUUUUUCUACUGUAUCAAGCUGUCUCAUUCUUACUUAGAUUUGGAAAAGCACCUCUGUAUUUAACGUCUUUUAUAUUUUUUUUGCAUGUAUUCCCAGAGCCGUCUUACUUAAAAGUUGUCUGAAGACAGAAAAUGUCUUUUUGAUAAACCUUUGUACAUUCUUCUGUAAGUUCAUAGAUAGUACAUACAAGCCUGUAAAGCUCAAUAAAUAUUAGUACUGAAAAAUGGUAUAAAAUAUUCAUUUUAUGUACUACCUAAAAGGUAAAACAACCAUUAACAUAGUUCUUGACCAUCAUCAUGUUAAGGCACUGGUUUAUUGCUGAUUUGCAAGAAAAUGUCACCUACUGAGUCACUGGCAUCACCACCUGCAGCAACCUGUGGUUUCCAUAGUGAUGUCUCACAAUGAACUGUGCACAACAGAACCUGACUCAUUAAUUAAGGACAUGAGCAAUUUCCUGCAAUUGAAAGCAAUUCCUAAUUUAGAAUUGAGAGCACAACUUUAAUCAUUUUAAAAUAUAAACUUCACUGAACACAACCUGUUGAAAUUUGGUGCAGGAAAAACACCUAACAAGCAAAGUUGUCAGGACAAAACUGAGAAUGUAAUGAUCUAAACCAGACGUUUAAGUGGAUGGAAUAUUGCUUAGGGUCUUCUAGUAUCCCUGAGAGGGAAGAAGAACAAUCCAGAAUGCUGUUCAACAUCCUCAUUUUUUCCUGUUUUGAUUAGCACACUGUUUUGGAGUGUAGCCACAAAGUGAAGUGUAACACCAUCCAAUCUCGAGUCUGUUUUGAUCCUAAUUCACUUUUAUUUCUUGAACAGGAUAAAUGAUACUCUAUAUUUUCCCUUAUGUAUUGCCAUCUUUGGGAUGUCACUCCUACAUUUUUUGAGGUUGAGGUAUGUGUGUGAGUGAUAGGAAUUAGACAAUUUUUGUUAUAAUGAAAUUUAGUGAUUUACACUAAGGAGACAGUUAAAGGAGAAAAUGGUUAGCCAGGCUCAUCAGAAAUCUUCAUAAGGCUGUUAAUAGUCUAUUUUGUCUUGAGCACUGAUUGAGAAUUAUGUUUCAGUCUGUGAGACAUGAAUGCUUAGUACCUUUAAGUGUUUUACAUAGAAGUGGUAUUUUAUAAACAUGUGAAUGAUAAGGUUUUUGCUUGUUCUUUUAGGAGACAUGUAUAUGGUAAGGACCUGUGGUUUUUGUCAGUAUGAGAAUUCUCCCUGACACAUCACAACUGUUCUAUAAUGUAAUAGCAUAAUGAUUCCUAGUCUUUUGGAGUUUAGACACUUUAUCAUUUGUUUUAUUUUUAGGAAGCCAUUGCUCCUGAAGAUGCUGAGUAUCAUUAAUUUUUUAAAAUUACUUUAAGAUAUUUUUUGAGAAUUUCCCAAUAUCAAUCACUUGAGGUAGUUGAAGCCCCUUGAUGUGAAAAUCAAAUCUAGGGAUCAUUCUAAUAAAUGAAAGCUGAAGAUAAGGAAACAAAAUGGUUCUAGGUGAUUCCUUCUGUGUUGUACGGAAUAAUGUGAAUCUGUAGCCAUACCAUGUGCCACCUCUAAUAAAGAGAAUGUUAUAUGGA